AUGUCAGUGCAGCAUCCCACUACUACGUGGGAGGCAAAUCAAGAUGGCACAUCGUUCUUUAGGCGACAGGAGGUCUACGCGAUGCAAUGGAGCGUUGCAUCGCUCUCCGAUUUCAUCGUCGCUGGUGCGAAACGUGGUGGACCGAUAGCACUUCGCCGAAAUGAGUUACUCUUAGAGGCGCGACCGUAUGUUCUGAAACUCAUCUGCCCGCUACUGCCACAAAUGAGUGGAGAAUUCUCUGGGCCCUCCGGGGAGGCGGGCGUCGCGUUCGGUCUUCCCUCGCCAGCCACGGGGAAUGUUGUCGAUGAUGACAACCUGCCGUCGUUGGCCGCAGCCUACCAACUUCAUAGUCUUCAGUCAUACCUUCCAUUGGCAACUGAACAAACUAUUGAUGCGUUCUUGAACAACGGCACCUUGCUAUCGUGGUCAACCGCUGCAGCGAAAUGUGGGCCUCCGCUAUCGGGUUGUACUUUGUUUCGUAUCCGCGCUUGGAGUUUGAAGUGUCUCCUUUCAAGUCCCAUUUUGAAGGAGGGACCUUUCUGGGAUCAGGCGGGGAAAUACUCCGCCUCCUACAUUCGAGCUGUCGGCGAUAACGCACGACAGCCGGUGGCUACCUUGUUGGAUGACCUAUUCUUGCAAGCAUCGGAGCGCAAAGACGCCUCCAGAUUUUUCCAUGGGAAAGGAUUCAUCGGCAUAUGCGAGUAUCGUUUGAAACUGGCUAGACUAACAAAGAGUCGCUCUGAAAUUGACCGCUUCAAAUCAAUGCUCGAAAAUGCGUCGAAGAGUCUUGAGUCUGACAGCCAAGAUGACGAUGUGCAAAAAGGCGCUGACCUCAAGGUCGUUCGGUUGUGUACCAUGGUGUCGGACUAUAUUUCAAUAUUGGAGAUUUUGCACUCCGAUCCUCAAGCCGACUUCAGCGCUCUUCGCUUGGGUGCCUUAACCGUCGAUGAAUGCACCCAGCUGAUUGCCGAGGGAGCGAUUGCCCCUGAAAGCACCCGAAAGAUCAACGCUGAGCUCAAUAAACUAAGACAAAGGUGUACUCAACUCCUAGUCUCUCGUUUUGAGCAUUUAGAAGCCGAUGAUAAUGAAGUUGAAGCUUCUGUGGAUGGCUCAUCGCGACCAAGCACCCCUGUUGCGAGACGAACAAAGUCGCACGAUGCUUUGCAGGGCGCAUAUACCGUUGCAGCCUCCAAGCUACUUUCCGCCGUAUCGAUUCACUUGGUAAAUUCUCAGGUGGCACCCGUUGCGGAGUAUGGUGUCUCAUGCGUCGACUCACUGAUAUGCCUUGCUCGUAUCAAUUUAGCACAACCAGGCAUUCACCCAAGAGCCAUUCGAGAGUUCCUGGAUCGAGCUGCGUCAGUUGCCCGCAAAUUGGCAUCUGAACUAGAUGCCCAAUCGAGUGCACUGUUGAAGUCCAUAUCUUCUGCCUUCUGGACUGUUGCGGUUACUUUAUUUAAUUGGGGUCAGCAUGCGACAGCUGUACCUUUCCUGACCCAAUCUUGUCACCUUGUACAAGAAUUGCAAGGGUUAAAGUUGCCAAACGCGGCAGAUCAAGGGCUACAGGCUAACCAACUUUCAAUAUCCAACGUCUUGCCUAAGCGUUGGGAGUUGCUUGGCUUCUGUCAGUCACGCACCGGAGAUCGUAGGCUUGCAUAUGAUGCGUUUCAACGCGGCAUUGUUUCUUCACGACAUUUUUUCCCCCAAGUUGCAGGAUCAUCUCACCGGAUUCUGCCCGCGGAUAUCUUUCUUUCGAGCCCUGGCAUGCGAUCCCUUGAGUCGCUCCUGGAGAGGUUGACGCUUUUCACAACCCACGAGCUGCUUGAUUGUUCUCCCGUCACACUGCUUGACAUUUUCUCUGACAUGGACAUUCCUAUCACUGACGAGGAAAAGGAGGCUGUGGCAAUGCUUAUGGAAGUCCAAUUGUCAACGCUCCGCAGACAUCCUGGCUUUCGCUUAAAAGAAAGUCAAACAAUGCAAAAGAAGAUCAUGGACAGCUGCCUCGUCGUAUACAAUCUGGAAUAUCCGAUUCGCCGAAUACGGAUUCUCAUGAAAAUGUUAACAUUUUUUUACCUCAAUAACGAUAUCGCUGCUGCCAUUGAAACCCGGAACGAACUUCAAAGGCUGCUGUGCCCAGAUGCUCACACAGUCAGUGCCCCGAACCUGGACUCCAUUUCAAAGCGAUAUGGAGACACUCCUCUUAUCACGCAUCGUUUGGGGGAUUCUGCCACACUUUUAUGUGAUAUCCGCUCCCAAGCUUCUUUGUCGGUGAUAAUUUUUCGCGAUUACGUGCUCCCUGCGCAAUCCGAAAUCGAACAUAGUGCCUCUGGUGCUCUUAAAGAAAUUCAGAACAGAUCACCCAGGAGAAAACAGCGCACCAAGGGGAAAUUGAUGCAGGCGUCUAAGAAAACGACGAAGGCAAUCAGUUCUACACCCAUCAAUUGUCUACUCGGUGCUACAAAGCCAUCACAGGCGAAAUUUGACGACAUCGAGUUUGUCGACUCCCACCUAGAUCUUCUUGGGCGGAUUUUCGGUAGUGUAGGGCUCAUCGUCCCAAAAUUGGAGGUUCUGCGAGUCAGAUUGGGUCUGGCGAAGUUCCCUGGAAGAUGGGAAAAUACCAGAAUUAGGAUUUUAGUAUAUUUAGCCCGGGAAUACCGUCGUUUGGAAUAUUUUCAGCGCGCAACCACUAUGUAUGCCGAGGCCUUCGCGGUAUUGGGUGAUUACAAGGGCACUGUCACGAAAGAAACACAGGUGGAGUUAUUCCUUCAGUACGCAGUCCACAUAGCAAGCACGGGAGACGCAGAUCAGGCGUUAGCAGGGUACAAUAAUGCUUUGGCACUGAUGGAGAUUAUCGAAGCAGAGAGGCCAUCAUCGGGACCGAGCAAAGCUAACUUCCGACUCUCAUCGUUACUAACAGCUGCACUGGCUUCUCAGGCAUUUUCCUCCAUCCAAAUAUCGAGGGACAACGUGACAGCUGGGAUUGAUGGCUUACUGCAAUCUCUCCGCCUGUGGUCCCGCGCUGCGGAACUACUUACUCGGUUGCACGAAACUUCCGUUUCUGCGCCGCCUGGGACACUAGACCAUUCACCCAAUCCAUUUGAGGUUUCUGGAAUCCCUGUAUCCAUUCUCAAGCCACCAAGCUCCAAUCUAGAUGUGGUACAAUGGAAGGCAGUGGAGUCUAUAGCAGACAUUCAACUUACCUUAGGGAUAAUAUACUAUACUCGUGGCUCCGUGCGUGAAGUGGAAUAUUUUCUCGACAAGGCUUUGGCCUUGGCUCAGCCUGUCAACGCUUUGGGGAUCACACUUCGCGUGAAGCUGGUGCUAGGUGAAGUCAAACUCCUUUCGGCCAAUCAGGAGGUGGGAGAAAAGUACUUGUCAGAGGUGGCAAUGAUGACAGAAACUUUCGUUAUCCUGGAGAAAAUAAAUCUCCAUCGUGUAUGGGGCGAUUUCAAUAUGCGCGAAGGCAACAUGGAAGCCGCAGGACGCGCCUUUGAAGCUGCGAUGUACGCCUUCGAGACCCUUAGAUCCGAAUUCGAGGUGACCGAAAGCGGCCGAGGUGCAAACGAUGGGGGCGAUUCUACAACUAAGGAUUUGGAUUUAGUUCCAUCAAUUCUCGCACUGAUUCUUCGCCAACAAAUUUGGUUAUCGCGGGAUAAUGCAGGGGCCAAUUCCGAUUUUGCGAAGCUCCUUGACCGAUUCCUAGCGCUGUCCCACACAGAUGGAUUCGAGCAUCUCUUGAUGGGGGAGAAUCGAGUCAGUCAUGCCACCAUAGCAGUGCCAAUGGGGAUGACUGGAGAUGUUGCGACACCACCAACGGCUACGCUGGAACUACUCGCCGCCUUGAGCACGGCAGAGAAAUUCUUUUGGGCCUGCUUAGGGUCGGGUCGACCAAUUGGGUCUUCCCUUCAUCCACGAAGCGGUGAAAUGCCUCGCACUUAUCAGGACGUUCCAAUCAAGCCUAGGAGUGAAGGCGAGGAAUGGGUCGAUAAUCUUAAUACUGCGUUUACACUUCGACAUGAGCUUCUAGACUGUAUCAACGUUAAGUCUUUAUCGGUGAUGCAGGACGACUUGCAAUGGCAUCGGAUGUCUGCAACUGGAUCUCCGCUCAGAGCUCCACCAGCUGGACCACGUAAGAAAACUACACUCUUCGCUGACAGCGACGAUUCCGACGUCGAUAACCCAAAGAAUUCCUCGAUGCAUGAUUACUGCCGCGAAGUCCGAGAUCGUUACAUGUCUCACUCCUGGAACCCUGUCUCCCUCACUGCAUCCCAGAUCGAUCUGAUUCCCCCUCACUGGACUGUCGUAGGCGUAAAUGUGACCCAAGACAGAAGUACUCUCGUCCUGACUAGACAAAGAGCCUACCAACCACCGCUUAUUUUUCACCUACCUAUCGGUCGCCAUGAUCGGCGGGAAGAUAACGAUGAGCCCCGUUUCUCUUUUGAGGGUGCCAUGGAAGAGCUGGGCUCGAUUAUAGCGAGGAGCAAUGAGACUGCCCAGAAUGCAAAGAACAUCCAAGAAAGGGAAGGUCGCAGAUUGUGGUGGGCGGAGCGAGCGGCUCUGGAUCAGCGAUCGAAGGCAUUUGUUGAAAAUGUUGAAUACUGCUGGCUAGGUGCUUUCAAGGUUUGUAGCUUCUCUACGGCUAUGGGAUCAUCGGCUCAGUUUCAAUGGAAGGUCGCCUUCUGCGAACCGUGUGACGUUCCAUUGGAGGUAGUGGAUUCGUUCCGCACGAAAUUAGAGCGUGUGUUGGGGAGAAAUGGUUGUGUUCGUGACAGGAAAAGCAAAAGUCAUCUGCACCUAGAUGAUGCCAUCUUGAAAUGUUUCUCCUCACUGUCUCCCAAAUGCCGAGAUGAGGAACUCGAAGACUUGGCAUACUUCGUGCUGGACUUAUUCCAGCUCCACGGUGCUCAAGUCGCCUCAUUGGAGAUAGAUAUUGAUCAGCUCGUCAUCGAUCUUCGGACUGUACUUGAGGAACAUGCGCAAGCCCUCGCGAAGCAUGAUGUACUGCCACCGAAGGAUUACCACCUCUUCUUAGCCCUUGGCAAGGAACUGCAAUGCAUUCCAUGGGAGUCCAUACCACUUGGGAUCUUGAUGAAGCUUGUGCUAAUGCUUGGCACUUUGCCUCCUACAUUUACUGUGUUGGUCAGUUCUCGCCCAGAACCGCAGGUUAUCUCGGCAUGGGUCGAUGCUGAGGAUAGAGGUUUCAACGUCCCAUGCGAAGAUGUUGAUAAGAUUGGAGAGGAGACUUUCCACACAGUCCGUUGUAUGGUGGAGGAGGGCCUUCAGGAUUGUGUGAAGAAAUCUGUGUGGAAGCCGUCAGGGAAGGAUUUUGAUACCUUUGCUUCGGCUUGCCGUGGAUUGCCUGUUAUGGCCUCAAUCCGCAUACGUGAUGUCUGUGGUCAGGCCCAACGUGGUUCUACUCUCCGGUCGGAGUUUGAGUACUUUCGCGAUCUUACGGAUGCACCACUUGACCUGAAGUCGGAGUAUUUACGAAUACCGCGGCGAGCGUAUAUGUCCAAUCAAUCCGGUAUUCGUCCACGUGUGAUUAACAAUUACCGCCAAGUGAUUGGGACGAUGAUUGCUGCAUAUCAGCCGCUCAACUUAUAUUCAAUUUCAAAGUUACUAGGAGUGGCCGAGGAUGAAAUCCCGAAACUUUCGUUCAUUGCGCUGUCGGGAGUUGAUUUCGAGUUACCCAAUGAAUUCCUUAACUCAAACGAUCACAAUUCGACUGAAUUGUUAAAAGAAGCCAAGAAGGUGAGGGAUUUCAUGACUAGAAACGAACUCAAGUCCUCCCCUUGGCAUAUUUAUCGAUCAGUCCUUCCCUUCACUCCACCCUCAUCCCCACUUUUCAAGCUCUAUGGACACCUUUCCGAUCCCAUUCGGAUUUUCAGCAUUGCGGGAGAAUUUCCUGGCUAUUCAAUUCCACUAAGCGAGAAUACACUCAAUGCUCGAAAGGUCAUGGAGGCUGAGCUGCCAAAGCUACGUGAAAAGGCUAAUGGAUCCAGGACAGGGAAGACUUUGAUGGAUGAGACAGAGGGCAUCAAUCGCAAAGCCGAAUUUCUUGUUCCUAGUAUCCGCAAUGGCAUUGUGACCGCUGCAGCACUCUCACGAGAUGGCCAUUUCAUCGCACUUGGCUUUGGAAAUGGUGUCAUCGAGGUUGCUGACAUCGACCAUCACCAAACCACCUCUCAAUUCCAAUGCAACCCACCCAAUCCUCCCGCUUGGAUUGAAUUUAUCUGUGGCAGCCACCAGAUUGCCACCGAAGAUAAUGAUGGAAACAUCACGGUCUUCAGCCAUGGUUCGCCGUCUGUUAAGGUCGGUACCCUCCCCAGUGGGCAUUGCCCUCCCGUUACUCUAGUCGCAGACAAUGCCUCAUUCAUCAUACGAGUUCCUCUGAACAUUGACUGCCGUUGGUAUGAAAACAUGGUGAUCUUAUAUGUUUCAGAUGAGCCAUCCAUCCACCCUCUUUCCCCUCCUCGUUCCAUUACUCCGGUCUCCAGGUCAACCAUGCCUGACUGUUGCACACUUGGACUCUCCCCUGAAGGAUGUUACGUCAUCGUCCAUGAUGGCCAUAAUCUCGCUAUUUGGUCAUUAGAGACGCGUGAGUUGGUUCAUUUUUACGUGUCUGGAUCCACACUUCCCGUCUCCUACAACACAUGCCCUCGCCCACAUCUCAUAUCCCAAACCAAAACGAAAAUCCCUCUGCACCUGGAGAAUGGCAUCCCUCGUGCGCAGAGCCUCAUGGCUGGGCAUGACGCAGAUUUAUCGUGGCUGGAGCGACUAUCCCACGAGCUCUCUUCAGAGAAACCGCUUUCCAUCCUCAUAGGGCGAAAUCGAGGUAAGACUCCUGAAAGGCGUGGAACACAGACGAUCUGGCUCAAUGGUAAACUUGAACUGCUUCUCCCACCAAACUACCGCCCGAUCAUUCUUGACAGGCACCAGAUUAACAGUCAAAGAGUAUGGUACGGGGAUCGAAUGCUGUGGAAUAAGAAUCGCCUCUACCUUCCUUGCGCUAACAAAGAUGGGACUCGAUUCUUGGUCCAAGGUCGCAUGCAAGCCCCAAUCGUUGUCGAUAUUAGCCAACUUGUCUAG